UGUAAACAUUGUAGCAGGACAGAACGGCACUGUAAAUACACUAUAGGAACGAUGGCAGCUAUUGUGUCAGAUACUAAAAGGAAUUAAACUCUAGUCCUGUCGCUGUUUCUCCUGAUUAACCACACUAGGAGUCAAUCUACUUGAUGGUUUGUGAUGGUCGUCCGGAAAAUACUUUAAAUCAAUGAAAACUGCAUUAGGAAUUCGAUCUUAUAUUAGAAAAUUGUGUAUCUGUGUGUUGUUGACCUUUUACAUACCGGCAUUUUAUGACAGGUGCGUACGUGCGGUUAAAUCUUGAUUUACGUAUAUUUGUGUGGAUGUGACACUUUCUGUGCCAAGAUGAGCGGCUGCCCGUUUAGAAACGCUAUAGAGAACGCUAAAGUGUCACAACAGACAAAAAAUAAUAACAAUAACAUUGAGCCAUCUUCAUUACCAAAUGGCAGUGCCAAUGAAUCCCAGGACGCUAUAAAAACAACUACCACCAGUACCCAGACUGGUCAGGGCAAACAUGCACUGUCCGACAACCACCACGGACCCGGAAAGGGCACUAUGUCCAGUGCGUCUCUUGGGACUGAAAUUAUCGGCUCUGGCACGAGUCGAAAAACUAGUAACAUGUCCACUUGCUCAAUAGGAUCAGAUGAGACGGAAGGAGAGAAGAAACUUGAUCUGUUGGGCCUGAUCGAGUCUGUGGGGACCCUCCUAUUACCCUCGACUGGAUUUAUCAACAGAUCCUUUCAGAAUGUGAUCCGGCCAAAGGAAGAGGCCGUUAUGGAGCGUGUUAGGAAAUUGAUGAACUUUGAUGAAAUGAUAUUUGUAACGUCCUACUUAGACCCGGAUGUGCGUCACUCGACAAUGAACGAAACUCUCCUCCUUGGUAUGUCUGACGCAGCGGCAUCUGCUUUAGACCUUAAACAGGAAGCUGUUUUGCGGAUGCUGGGGGACGAAUAUGUCCAACUCUGUUUAUCGGAAUAUGGCCGUGCUCUUGGAAUGAUGGGAAGCAAUAUGGUAGAAUUUUUCAGCAACCUGGAUGGACUCCACGACCAUAUAAGGACAUCUCCAAAAUUUGGAUCCCAAGUGCCUCCAUCUUUUCGAUGUUCUCAUACGUCAAAAGGAUGCGUCGAUCUCCAUUUCUACUCAGAUCUUCGGAACCUCUUGGAGUUUUAUGCUGGGAUUGUACAAUCUGUGGCACGGCUUAUGUUCUCUGUAGAUGCCGAGGUUACAUUACAGGUUAAAGAAAAAGCUUCCAAGACACAUCAUGUAUUCCAUAUACAACCUAGACAAUACUCGAACAAAAAGGAAUGUACUUUCAGCACCUUUCGGGCUUCCACCUCUGAUAAUCCGUCCGAUCUAAAGAUUGGCGUUGAUACAUUUUGUAGCACAUUUCCAUUCCACGUCAUCUUUGACAGGGACUUGAAAAUUACACAACUUGGCUCGGCUCUCCUCAAAAUGAUUGCUCCAGGGUUUGCCACAAAGGGACAGAAGUUUGACACAUACUUUGUUAUCAAAAGCCCAAAACUGGAGGAGUUGACUUUCUCAAAGUUGUUGUCUAGGGUGAAUUUUUCAUUUGUGUUGGAGACCAAAUCUCAACAACGAGAUGGACACCAGCUAUCCCAGGAUACCGUUUUGAAAGGCCAAAUGAUCUACCUACAGGAGUCGGAUGCAAUUCUUUUUCUCGGUUCUCCAAGUAUCGAGAAACUGGAUGAAAUGAUAGCGAAAGGGUUGUACAUAUCUGAUGUCCCUAUCCAUGACGCGACACGUGAUGUCAUUUUGGUCGGAGAGCAGACGAAAGCCCAGGCAAGUUUGAAAAAACGUAUGGAAGAACUGAAGAAUGGUAUCAUUGAAGGUACCAAAGCCGUAGAGCAUGAAAAAGCCAAGAAUAUUGAAUUGCUGGAGAUGAUUUUCCCCUCAAAUAUCGCCGAACGUCUCUGGAGAGGAGAGACAAUUGAUCCGAUGAAGAUUGAUGACGUCACGAUGUUGUUCAGUGACAUUGUCGGUUUUACAGCGAUUUGUUCGUCCUGUACUCCAAUGGAGGUCAUCAACAUGCUGAAUUCGCUUUACACUCAGUUUGACCAUUUUUGUGGAGUGGUUGACGUUUACAAGGUGGAGACAAUUGGUGACGCCUACUGCGUAGCAGGGGGCCUCCAUAAAAGGUCAAGGAGACAUGCUGAACAAAUUUCGUUUAUGGCACUAAGGAUGAUGGAAAUCGCCGGCAAGGAGAGAUCUAAGGAUGGGAAUGCCAUUAGGAUGAGAAUAGGGCUCCAUACUGGAUCCGUUCUAGCUGGAGUUGUUGGAGUGCGCAUGCCACGAUAUUGUCUUUUUGGAAAUAAUGUCACUCUUGCAAACAAAUUUGAGAGUGGGAGUGAAGCCGAACGCAUCAACAUUAGUCCAACCACUUACAAAUGUAUUACCGAAACAGAGGGAUUUUCGUACACUCCACGAACACGUGAGGAUCUACCAGACGGAUUCCCUGAAGAUAUUGAAGGUGUUUGUUACUUUUUGGACGACUUUAAAUUCCCAGGGGCAAAGAAAGAUGACAAAAGCAUCGACCACAUAACCUUACAAAUGGAGGAAUUUCGGAGACUGGACAUUGUUACCACCUAACCCGUUACUGGUUGUUCAGAUUGACCAAUCAGGGAAUAUCCAGUCUGGUUGCUGCGAAAUAUUUAUUUAUAUUUUCAUACCGUCCAUUUUUUCCCCUUAAUACACUCUUAUGUAGGCAUAGAGGUAUACAAUCUAAGGCCUUUUUUCAUAGCUCUCAAAACUCACUCUUAUAUCCUUAUUCCCCUAGUGAGAGAAAUAUUACACUCUGUAGGUAAGUAUCAUGAAGUAGACGGGUUCUAUAAUGGAGUAGGAAUUCUAUCUGAGUUUUGU